AUGUUUCGAUACUGGGCAUUGGCGAUACUUUUGGUGGUGCUAUCGAUAGCAUUUGCCGAGGAUAACGAUUUUGUGGACGUGUGCUUCGAGCACGAAGGUGAAAAGCCUGCGCACUGCGAGUUUAUCGACUUUGACGAUGUCUUUGAAACGUCCAACACGGACAUUAAAUUCAACUGGAGCUUCAUUACGAAGAUGAGCAUCAGCAACAAGAAGAUAAUCGGUGUGCCGACGAAAAUGUUCGCCUCGUUGCCAAACCUCGAGAGCUUCAUCGUGCUGAAUAGUCUGUUCUAUCGCGAGAUUGAUCCGAACAGUUUCGUCGACUGUAACAAGCUGAGCCAUAUUGAAAUUACCGGAACGAACAUCACGCUGCUAGAUUCGCACAUGUUCCCCAAAACACCGAAACUGCAGUACCUGCUGUUCCACCACAAUCGUAUCGCCGAGAUAAAGCAUGAUGCGUUCGAGUUUCUCGGCGAGCUGGAGGAACUGAAUCUGUCCUACAACAAUCUAACCAGACUGCCGAGCGGUGUGUUUCACAAGCUCCGGAAGCUCAAGACGCUCGAUCUCAACCACAACCGGUUGCUGCUGCUCAGCUUCGACAGUUGGUUUCCGCCGGACGGUGCCGUUUCGCUCACGUUCCUCGAUGCGUCUUACAACCAGCUGGUCGACAUGUCUUGGACGGAUAUUAGCGUGCGGAAGGUGAACCUGAAGUACAACAACCUAACCACCGUGCAUGUGAACGGGAACUGUAGCGAAUUCCACGCAUCCCACAAUGCGAUCGACACCGUUACCAUCGGGCGUAACUGCAGCCUGGAGAAGCUUUAUCUGGCCCACAACCGUGUGCAGGGAUUCGAUUUUCUGAUCCGUUGUGCCGACACCUUGCGCUCGCUGGACGUUUCGUACAAUCUGCAGCAAAAGGGUGUCGAUUUCUUGCACCUCAAGCAGAUCACUGCACUGAACAUCGAGUGUACCAACAUUAGCCUGAACUUUAAGACGCUGCACGAUUUGCGGAAGUUACGCUUCCUGGACAUCUCGUACAACAAUCUGAAGAGGAUCGAUCUGGAAAAUCUAACGUCACAGCGGCUACUGGAGCGGCUAAUGGUGAGCGGCAACCCGAUCGCUAACAUCUCGAUCGGUUCGAUCAAGCGCAACUUUCCGAACCUGAAAUCGCUCGGCAUCUACGAUCUGCCGUGGAACUCUACCUCGCUAUCGAUCGCGAUCGAUGACCUGAAGAAGCAUGACAUCCAACCGUACAUACGCAGCGACUAUCUGUUUGAUGAGUCGAAGUGUCCGCUAAAGGUAACUCCAACGUUCGGCAACGACACCGACCACGAGCUGGGUGAUGACGAUCGUUCUAGGGAUGGGCAUGGCCACGGUGGUGAUAAGACGGCCGAGUAUGUCGUCAUUGCACUACUGCUGUGCAUGGUCUGCGGUCUGUUGGGCAAACUGUUCGUCGAUAGUCGAUACUUUCCCGUUUUCAAGGAACGCAUUCAACGAAGAUCGUCUGUUUCGCACGAGAGUUUAGUGUCGUGUGAUUUGAAUGGCUAGUAAAUCCCCUCGCUAGCGGGAUCGGUUAGUCUAAUCCGAUAGCAUACAUACAUGUCUGUUUUAACGCUAUAGUGAUGAAAGUAAUGGUUGAAGGUGCGCAGUGUUGUUGAUUAGUGCAGGCAAAGUUAUAGCUGUUCGCAUGCAUUUAGGAUUCACUUUCUGGAUGAUAACAGUAAGACAAAUAAUUCACAUAUUCUGCUUGCUUCAUACAGAUCUAUGUUAUCAGUGACCAAUUGGUGUUGUAGGAACACGGCGUGCGUGAGUCAUGGGAAAGUUUUGAAAACAGUAAUUGUAUAAUCAAGAGACAAACCACACCAAACACUGAUGUGUGAGUAAUCGAUACUGUCGUCUAUAUUAUAAACUCGCGUGCUGAUAGACUAUUUGAUAGGAAGACGAGCAUAAACGGAAACGGUUUGCAAGAAAUACGGUAGUCCGCAUGGCAUCGUUGUUACUUUCCGAAUCGACCUUUUGAUACGCUAUGUGUAUUUACAUGAACUUUAACCAUCCUGCGAAAAGUCCCCUAACACAAACAGAGCCCACGAACAGCACAGGAUCAAGGAAG